AUGGCUACUCCGGACUAUGAAGAAACGGAAGUUCAAGAUUUGCUCCAGUUUCCGACGACAACCGGAAUUAUUAAACAAAGCAAUUCUUGUUUUCCAACGGGAGUUUUAAAAACUCAAAACUCGUCUAAAAAUCAAUUAUCUGUGACCAUAUUAGACUUUGUACAAAGUUCUUACAGCGAUAAUGACGAUCAAAAAAGUUUUCUAUCAAAUUUAUCCGGAGCGGCGGGUGAUUUUGUCGUCAACACGCCAAAUCCGGAAGAGAGGAGAGGAAGUGGAGGAAGUCAAAAGGAAGGAUUUUUCGCCGAAAAGAAAAAGCAAAAAAAAAAAAAAAUUACGAAAGGAGUUUAA